UUUAUUUUAAUGACAGCCUUGAUGAUUACCAUAAUUAUUAUUGACAUUUCCAAUCAAUUAUUCUUGGCACCAUUCUUUUUAGUUUGUCAAUUCCGAAAAACAACGUCAUUCUCAUUUUGAAAUCACAUUGAAUACACGUUGUUUAUUGUCUAUCGAGUGUUUUGGCCUAAAUUUUUCCAUCAUCAUCAUUAUCGUUUUGUUCCUUACUUAAAAAAUGAUAAAAAUAAACUAAUCUCUGUCAUCAACGAAAAGAAAUCGACUUGUUCUCAAUAAACAACAUCAACAACAAUUUUCUUGUUUAUUGUCGUAUAUCGGAUAUACUUAAAAACGAAGAGUUCAUCGUAACUUCAAGACAAAAAGAAAUCAAAUUCAUAUCAACAACAAGAUAUUCAAUAAUAACUGAAAAACAUAAUUGAUAAGUGAUUGUUGGAUUUUUCCUUUUCAUCGAUGAUAACAUAUAAUCAAUUCAAUAUUUCUGGUUUUCUUGGAAAAAAUUGUUUAAAAACUGCCACGAAUAUCGAAUUAUUGUCAAUUUCGUCUUGUUUACAACCAGCUUGAACUGAAAAAAUUUUUCACGCCAUCAUUGUUUGCCGUUACUCGUUCGAUUUUACACAUAAUGAAUCCAGUUUUACGACAAAACAUUUUUUCAUCGAUUCCACGAAUCAUUCAACAAAUGGCCACGCGAACAAUUAGCUCACAACCCAGAGUUGAUCGUAGACCGCCACCACCACCAAUGGAUCCCAUACAAACAGAUUCAAAUUCGACAGACAAAUAUAUCGAAGAUCGUGUCAACAAUUUAUUCAAUAUAAUCUUGGCCGAUAUUAGUUCAUGGCAACAAUACAAUCAAAUGCAGAAUAAACCAAAUGCCAUACUAUAUCAAGAUCCAUAUGAUUCUAAAGAUCAAAUCUUACAAGAUCUAGUACGUAAUAAUCAACAAAUUAAUUAUCGUAAUUAUAAUAUUCAAGAUCUGAUUGAAGAUGAAUUUCAAUUGGAAAUUUCUGAUAAAGAAUUUGAACAAUUUAAAACAUUAAAAGAUAUUACACAAUACGUAAGCCGAAGAUGGGAAAUACGACAACAAUUAUUGGCAGCACAUUCAGCUGAUUAUGCUUAUCCAUCAUAUUGGUAUUAGAUUACAUUGAUGAUGAUGAUUUAUGAACAAAAUAUCGAUUUGAUCAUCAUCAUAUGAUACUUA